AUCAUCGCGCCACUCAUUAUUGUAAAAUAUGCAUAUUUCUAUGCAAAUGUGUAAUUUUGCGAUAACGAUAAUAGAUAAUAUAUAAACUCAUGUUUCUUGAAGUUCAAGGGUGUUGUUUGAUAGUUAUUAGUAGCUACACUACGUCGGAAGUAAAUAAUCUCGUGCUACUUGCUUCGCGUGAAUAUAUAUCGAUAUAUUGGAUUGUAUGAAAAUUCAAAAUCGAUUUUUUGUAAAGUCUACGUUUCUAUGUGUAAAACAAUCUUAUAUUUUUCUCAUGUAUGCAGAAUGUCCAACGAAAACUACGUAUGAAGGGAUAUUAUUUGAGUGCGACGAAUUAUAUCGCACUUACAUCGUCAGUUGACAAUUUACCAGCAUUAUGAUGUUUACGAGUGUAGCAUUGAUCGUAAUAUGUACUGGUAUAAUCUACCUAAUCUCGAAUUAUCUUAAGUGGUUACGAUUCGUUCAAGUGGGAAAUGCAUUACCGGGACCAAAACCACGAUCAAUUAUUGGGAACGUUUACUACUUUUUAAAAAACAAUUUUGACGAAAUGUUGAACAGUACGUAUUUGCUCGUGGAUAAAUACCCAUCUCCAUUUCGAGUGUGGUUGGGCAACAAAUUAUUUAUUGGUAUAAGCGAACCAGACCAAAUAAAAAUUAUUCUUCAAAACUCUAGCUGCUUGAAUAAAAGCGCAAUAUAUAAACCCUUCAGAGAGCUCGUAGGAAUGGGGAUCUUUACUGCUCCUGCACAUAUAUGGAUUCACCAUCGAAAAAUGCUAGUGACGAGCUUUAAUACAAAUAUGUUACGAAUAUUCUGCGAUAUAUUUGUGCAGCAUGUAUCAGUAUUUAUGGAAAAAGUAGAAUGCAUGGUAAAUGCCGACGUAGAUUUUUUUCAUCAUAUAGCAAAUUGUACUUUGGACAUGAUUUGCGAUACUUCGUUGAAUAUUAACCGGGAAUCGCAAUUAAAGAAAAAUGAGCCGCUAAUCAAUUCAAUAACAAGAUUGAAAGAAAUAGUCAUACACAGAAUGCGCAAUAUAUUUUUAUUUCCCGAUAUUAUAUUUAAUCUCACAUCUCUAAGCCGUGAACAACAGAAGCAUAUAAAUUUUCUAAAUUCUGUUACGGAAGAGAUAAUAUUACAAAAGGAGAACGCAAGAAAUAAUUUAAUUGGAAAUAAAACACAAUCAGCUAAGCCAUCAAAGAAGAUAUUUCUUGACAUACUAAUGGAAACAUCUGACGAAAGCAAAAACUUCACUCAGAAAGAAAUUAUUGAUGAAAUUAAUACCAUUAUUAUUGCCGGUUCCGACACAAUCGCAAUCACAUUAAAUUUUAUGAUGUUCAUAUUAGCAAAUUUCCAAGAAAUACAGCAAAAAGUAUACGAAGAGUUGCUAGGAAUUUAUGGUACACAAAAUCAAGACCCAAAAUCCACUCAAGUCAAGUACGAAGAUUUGCAACAUAUGAAUUAUUUGGAAUGUGUUAUUAAAGAAACAUUGAGACUCUUCCCUGCUGUACCUGGCAUAGUACGCCGACUUGAUGAAAACUUGCAAAUAGGAGAUUAUAUUUUACCAAAAGGAGUAGAGAUUGGUAUACCAAUAUAUGCCUUGCAUCGCAAUGAAAAGUAUUGGCCGAAAGCAUUAACGUUCGAUCCAGAGAGAUUUCUCCCGGAAAACAUGAAAAAUAUUUAUUCGUAUAGUUAUAUACCGUUUAGUAACGGUCCAAGGAAUUGUAUAGGUAUAAGAUAUGCAAUGACUUCUAUGAAAGUGUUCAUAGCAACUCUGUUACGGACAUACAAAUUAAAAGUAGACAAGAAGGUUAAAAUAGAAGAAAUAGAAUUGAAGAUGAAUAUUACGUUAGUGCCCGUGAAACCUCUAGAAGUCAGAAUUGAGAAAAGAAAGUGACGUCAUAGCGAAGUGAAAAUGUAUUGACCCAAAUAACACAAGACAAUCCUAUGAAUAUUUUAAGAAUAUUCUUCAAGAAUAUUUGGAAUAUUCUAUACCCUUACGAAAAAGUACUAUUAAUGGCACUGUUAAUGCCACUGUUAGCACUAUAGCACUAAUGAUAUUUUCGCUAUAGUGACACUGUUAGUGGUAAUAGUGCUAGUAGUAACUUUUAGUGCUAAAAGUGCCACUAUUAGUGGUAAUAGUGACACUAUUAGUGGUAUUUAUAUGUUAGUAAAAAUAAAAGUACAAAUAUUUCAUGGAAUAUGUUUAUAAACAUAUGUAUACAUAUUUAUAUAAUAUAUAAAAAUAAUAUUAGAUACAUAUUUAUAUAAUAUAUAAAAAUAAUAUUAGACGUUAUUCAUCUUCAGCCGCUGAUUUCA